AUGGAGAAGGAGGAGAAGAAGAAGAAGAGGAGGAAGCUUCGCCACUGCUCUCAUCAAAGCAGUAAGUCUGGUUGUUCCAUAGACAAAUUGCCAGAUGAUGUUAUUUCAUCCAUUCUGUCCAAUGUCACAAUUAAGGAAGCCGUUCGGACAAGUGUCCUUUCUCGCAGAUGGCGUCACUUAUGGCGACGGGCAUCUUCCGAUUUUAUUUUUGAUCUCACAAACUCCAAACAAGGAAUAGUAAACGAUAAAAAUGUGAUGAGGGCAAUGAAGAAGUGCAUGAAAUCUCAAUCGCGUCAAACGUCGUAUUUGGAUAAGUUCAUCAUUCGGUUCAACUUCAACAAUCCUCGCUAUGGUCAUAAAUGGCCGGAUUAUAAUGUCAACGAUGUCCUCAUCCGCGAUUGGAUUCGUUUCGCCAUUCAAAAGAAAGUCCGAGUUCUUCAAUUGGCCGCCAUUUAUAAGAAUCACCAACCAGAUUAUGGGUCAAAUUUUGAUCAACGGUUCCUUGACCUAAUUAACGAAAAAUUCACAAUCCCGCGGGAGAUCGCAGUUGAGGCGGCCACUAGCGGCUGCUGUUUCGGUUCGUUAACAUCCUUGAAGCUGGAUAAUUGUAAACUAGAAGAUGAGGUGAUGGAUUAUUUCUUAUCCAAUUCUCCAAGUCUACAAAAUUUAUCCUUAAUUCGUGUUGGAGGCAUUAAGAAUCUCAACAUUGUUCAUAAUCCGCGUCUCGAGUUUUUGAGCCUACGCGAUUGUAAGGAUAGGGAGAUGGAAAAGAUGAAGAUAUCUGCUGAAAACCUUGCAUCUUUCGAGUACUUUUCCUAUCGGGGAAAUAUGUCACACAUUUGUUUUGAGAAUGCGCCUCGACUCAAAACCCUAAUCAUGGGGGACACAGCUUAUUUGAGGUCUUUCACCUAUGAAACUCGCUUGCAUCGAGUAUACUCGAAACAACUCGAAAACAUCGUAAUGCAUUUGUCUCCAGAAGAGGACUUUUAUUUCACUUUGUACCAUAGUAGACGCCCAAAUUUUCCCAGUUUAAGAAGUCUCAAACAGCUAGAAAUGUUUAUCACUACUUCCCCGGGCGCAAGUUUUCUAUACUAUGUCGCAUGCGUUGGGGAGUGUCGUUUCUUGUCCAACUUGUCUGUUCAGUUUCUUUACGAGGACUCGCCAUUUUGGACAGGGCUACACAUGUGCACAUAUACUUGCAGAACUAGAAAACAAAUAAAAAAACUGGAAAAACGAGCUAGUCAACUAAGUCUUAACCAUUUAAAAGUGGUGAGACUGACGGAUUUCAAUGGAGAUAGAGAGCAAGUUGAAUUUGCAGAGAAAUUGGUUCAAAUGUGCAAAUCACUGGAGAAAUUAAUCAUCAAACCCAAAAGAGCAGAUAACAGUGUUACUGGUACUGAUCAUGGUGAUGAACAAAAUGCGAGAAUAAUAGUAUUAAAUGAUGCUACGAAGCAAAUGAUCGCAGCUAAUCUAGGAGCAAAUGUCGGAUUGGUGAUAGAAUAG